GUGAACUCACAAGUUACCUAUUAAACAUGUUGAGAACUUCCCUUUAACAAAAUUUACAUUGUCAUCGUAUUCUACAGAAUAUCAAUUGCCGACAUUUGACUCGCAGCCGUCGGAUUUAAGUGACGUUGGUUGAUUACUAAUUAAAAUAACAGAAUCAAUAGUUCAAUCCACCAUUGCGAUUACGGAUGCAAACGGCGUGGAGUCCGGCCAUUUUUGAACGAUUCGAAUUCAAAUAAAGAACGCUUUAGCACGUUCGGUGUCACAGUUUUGGAACUAUAUUUUUUUAUUGUGUGUUGUGUUUUGUUUUUAUUUUGAAAGAGCAAGGAGAUUUAGUAUAUCGCAAUGGGAUUUCUCGAAGACAGAGAUUUGAACGAUGUUCCCGACAUACGGGAAUAUUACAAAGGGAAGACGAUUUUCAUCACAGGAGGAUCUGGGUUUUUGGGAAAAGCUUUGAUAGAAAAGCUUCUGUACUCGUGUUCUGAUUUGGACCGGAUUUACCUCUUGAUGAGAUCAAAGAAGGGUGUCAAAGCAGAUGAUAGACUGGCGCAGAUUUACAACGCCAUGGCGUUUGACAGACUGCGAAACGAGAAACCAGACAUUUUCCUAUCCAAAGUGUUCAUCGUGGCAGGAGAUGUGAUGGAGCCUGGAUUGGGUUUGUCAGAGGAAGACAGAACACUCUUGGUGAACAGGGUGCAUAUCAUAUUCCACGUGGCAGCCAGUGUGAGAUUCGACGAUCCCCUACCAUAUGCUACUAAGCUGAAUUUGGGAGGCACUAAGGAGAUUGUCGAUUUCGCCAAGGAUGUUCGCAACUUGUCUUCUCUGGUGCACGUAUCGACUUCGUAUUCGAAUACCAACCGCGAAGUGAUAGAGGAGGUGAUGUACCCCCCUCAUGCCGACUGGAGGGAUACCAUGCAGGUCUGCGAGUCCAUAGACGAGCAUUCAUUACGGGUGCUGACACCUAAAUAUCUCGGCGAGAUACCGAAUACGUACACAUUCACCAAACAACUGGCUGAGCAUGUAGUGUACGAGAACAAGGGUCUGCUUCCUGCCGUGAUCAUUAGACCAUCCAUUGUGAUAUCCAGUGUCGAAGAGCCAUUCCCUGGGUGGAUAGAAAAUUUCAACGGCCCAGUCGGUUUACUAGUCGCUUGUGGAAAGGGCAUAAUGCGGAGUUUGUACACUGAUCCAAAUCUGAUAGCCGACUAUAUACCGGUGGAUGUUUCCAUAAAGGGUAUUAUAGCAGCAGCGUGGUUAAGAGGCACCAAGAAAUUGGAACCAACGGAUGACAUUCCGAUUUACAACUGUUGUGCCGGCAACCUCAACAACAUCACUAUGUUUGAGUUGGUUGAUAUUGGUAAACAGCUGGCCGCAACCGUACCUCUUAACGACAUGAUUUGGAACGUCGGUGGAUCCAUCACUACAAGCAAGACUUUACAUUAUAUCAAGGUUCUAUUACUUCAUUGUCUGCCAGCUAUUUUCAUUGAUACAUUGUUGUUCAUACUCGGUAAAAAACCAAUGUUGUUUAAAAUCCAAAGACGCAUUUACAUAGCGAAUCUAGCCCUCCACUACUACAUCACCAAGCAAUGGACUUUCGACAACAAGAACUUCAUCCUGCUCCGAUCGCGUAUAAAGGAGCAGGACAUGAAGGAAUUCUAUUACGAAAUUGAAAAAGUAGACAAGUAUGAAUACUUUCGGAAAUGUUGCAUCGGUGGCAGAAAAUAUCUACUGAAUGAGAAAGAUGAAGAUUUGCCAAAAGCCAAAGCACAUUACGCCAGAAUGGUGAUACUGGACAAGGCAGUGCAAAUAUUAUUUUACGGUUACUUGGUCUGGUGUAUCAUAAAAACGGAAUAUAUCAUGAACGGUUUGAAAUUCUUGUACGACGUAUUUCUUAUUUGAUUCUUUCUCCAUAUCAAUGUUCAAUUUAUGUUCCUUUUUAUUUAUUUAUUUUAUUGAAAUAAAUGUGUACUAGAGAUGUGUUAAUAAAAUGUUACGUUGCAAUAAAAUGAAAUUAAUUACAUCAAAG